CGUUGCUCCGUCGCCUUUGCCUCUCUGCCCGCGACUGCCCUCGUUCGCCCCAAGUCCUCGCUCUCUCCGGGCGGGUGCUGACUGACUGCCGCCACCGCGAGACGACAUCAUCGUUGUCGUCGACCACGGCCGCACGUCUUUGUCUCUGCGCGCUGCCCUGCGCCGCCAGUUGGAGCAGCGCCGCCGCGUCGAUCUGAACCGGCUGGGGCAUCUCCCCCACGCGCCUGUCUCACAAUGUCCACCACCAUCGCCUCGGCCGCCGUGUCUAUUGCGACAAAGACGCUGACCGUUACGGCGGCUGCGACCAGUGCUGGAGGUGAUGCGAACCGAGCCCCUCCACAAGGCGGCGUCCUCGAGGGCGCUAACCCCUCCAAAUACGACCCUGGCAACCCCAUCAUCCUCUUCAUCAUCCAGACAUGCCUCAUCGUCAUCGUCUGCCACGUCCUCCACUGGCCGUUGGCCAAGAUUCGCCAGCCUCGCGUCAUCGCCGAGGUUGUCGGCGGUAUCAUCCUCGGGCCCUCGGUCAUGGGCCACGUCCCAGGCUUUCGCGAGGCCAUCUUCCCCAAGGCCUCCCUCUCCAACCUAAACCUCGUCGCCAAUCUCGGUCUGGUGCUCUACCUCUUCCUCAUCGGCCUCGAAACCGACGUCCGCUUCCUCAUUAGCAACUGGCGUGUUGCCACUUCUGUCGCAUUUGCCGGCCUCGCGCUGCCCUUUGGCUUGGGCUGCGCCCUGGCCUGGGGUAUCUACCAUGCCUUCCGCGAUGAUGCCGGCAUCAAACCCAUCAACUUCGAGGUUUACAUGCUCUUUAUCGGCAUUGCAAUUGCCAUUACGGCUUUCCCCGUGCUCUGCCGCAUCUUGACGGAGCUCAAGCUCCUCGACACAUCCGUCGGUGUCAUUACCUUAUCGGCAGGCGUCGCCAACGAUGUCGUCGGAUGGGUUCUCCUCGCUCUUUGCGUUGCCCUCGUCAACGCAGGGAGCGGCCUCACGGCGCUUUGGAUCUUGUUGUGCUGCUUGGGAUUCAUGCUCUUGCUCAUGUACGGCGUCAGGCCAGCCCUGAUCUGGCUUCUUCGCCGCACCGGAAGUAUCGAGAACGGCCCAUCGCAGGGUAUCAUCUCUCUUAUUCUUAUCCUCUGCCUCGCCUCCGCCUUUUUCACAGGCAUCAUUGGCGUUCACGCCAUUUUUGGUGGCUUCAUGGCCGGUCUCAUCAUCCCGCGCGAGAACAGGUUCAACAUUCGAGUGACGGAGAAGCUCGAGGACCUCAUCGGUGCCAUCUUCCUGCCGCUUUACUUUACCUUGUCCGGCCUCAACACGAACCUUGGCCUGCUCAACUCCGGGACAGCCUGGGGCUACGUCUUCGCCACCACCAUUGUCGCUCUGCUCAGCAAGAUCAUCGGCGCGUCCGUCGCCGCCCGAUAUACCGGCAUGGUGUGGCGAGAGUCCUUUUCCAUUGGUGUAUUGAUGAGCUGCAAGGGCUUGGUCGAACUGAUUGUGUUGAACAUUGGCUUGAGUGCAAACAUUCUAAGUACCCGCACGUUUACCAUCUUUGUUGUCAUGGCACUUCUCACGACCUUUGCGACGACCCCUAUCGUCUCUGUCCUCUACCCUCCGUGGUAUCAAGUCAAGAUUGCAGCCUGGAGGCGUGGGGAGAUUGACUGGGACACGGGGGCACCAAUCUCGCCUUCGGACACGGAUGAGUCAACCAAGAGACAAGCUUCGAUGAAGAGGGUCGGCCGACUGCUGGUAUACCUCAGACUCGAUAGCAUGCCCACGAUUCUCAAUCUCCUGUCGCUGUUCGGUGGCUCCUCCGCGCCACAGGCCUCCACCCGCUCUGAAGAGGACCACCCAAUUGAGCCCGUGACCGACAACUCGGUCUUGUCCAGUAGCCCAACUAAGGCAGUCUGGGCUCACGGAUUGCGGCUUGUACAGCUCACCGACCGAGAUUCCUCCGUCAUGACUGUAUCCCAAGUUGCAGAGUACAGCAGGCACGAUCCCAUUGUCAACACGUUCCGUACCGUCGGUCAGCUCCACCACCUCGCCGCCUCGGGCGAGGUGGGCGUCAUGCCCGAGACGCGAUUCGCCGAGGCACUCGUUACAAAGGCAGCCAAAAUGUCGUCAGAUCUCGUCCUCCUUCCUUGGAGUGAAACGGGCGGCAUUGGCGACUCGCCGGUUCUGUCCUCAGCAACGGUAGAGGACAAGAUGGCAUCUUCAUACGGAACUUUUGUGCGGUCGGUCUUGGAGUCGCAUGACCACAACAUUGCCGUCUUCUUCCCCCGCAGCGAUGACGCCGACAACAAGGACAAGAUGGCAGAGCGAGCCAAGCUCACACGACAGUAUUCCAUCAGCCACAUGAAGGAAGACAUGCCGGCUGCUCCCCAGGCCAACAAGCCGUACCACAUCUUCCUCCCGUACUUUGGGGAGGAGGACGACAAGCUGGCUCUUGUUCUCGUCCUGCAGCUCUGCGAAAAGUCCAAUGCUACGGCGACAAUCAUGCAAAUCACCACUCAUAAUGAACCCGGAACAGCAUCGUCUGGAGCCGCCGAGGAUUUCUUCGACCUGGCUGCAGACAAGCUCCCCGCUGAGGCGGCUACUCGCGUCAAAUUUGAGCGUUCCAACGGACCGACGACCAUGGAAGAGCUUAUUCAACACAGCACCGCCGAUGCCAACGCAGACGAGUCCAAGUCCCAGAGACUCAUUGUUGUCGGUCGCAGCAGCGGCGCCAAGAUGGACGUGGGAAAGCUGACGCACAGUAUGAGGGAAGAGUUGAGGAGUUGCCUGGGCGCGGUUGCUGGCCAUUUCAUCACGGGCGGCGUGCGGGCGGACCUGAUGGUUGUGCAGUCCAAGAAGGUUGUGGAGAGCACUUGAGAAUCAUGAUACCACGAAGCUUGUUUGCACAUAUGCAUGGCUGCGCCGUAAGUUUGAAUUUGUGAUGAGAAUUUGUUGUUCAUGUAUAAAGUAUGGCGCGCAUAUAGCAUGUACAACCACGUUAGUAUCAGGCCUAGGUUUGCGAGGAGGGUUGAUCAAGACGGCAACAGGAUGAGCAUCAUUAGCAUCUGAGUCAUGGCCCUCGUUAUUUCUUGCGUCUCGAGUGG